CGUAACGGGCUCAUUCUAGCCCGAGUCGUUCUCACGUACGCGUGCCAAUACAAGCGAACGAAAAAGUAUACAACAGUGCGUCAGUCAAAUCCGAAUUGACUUGUGUUUUUUUUGGUGCGACAGCCAGUACUACCGAUUACAUCGAAAGUGAACAAUCUCGUCUCGUCGAGAUCCCGAGAGUGUUUUAUUGUCCAAUUAUCAAAAAAAGCGAAUCCAGAAAAAUGGCCGACAGCGGUACCAAGCGCAACAUUCCCAUCAAGCUGGGCGACUUCAGCGUUAUCGACAGCGAGUUCUCCAACAUUCGCGAGCGAUUCGACGCCGAGAUGAGGAAGAUGGAAGACGAGAUGUCGCGCUUCCGCAGCGAGCUCAUGAAUCGCGAGUCCAACUUCUUCAAGAGCUCCACCAGCCGGCACCACAGUACGAGCAGUAGCAGUAGCAGCGAGCACCGAACCUCGACGGCCUCGAAACACGACGUACCUACGCUGGGUGGUGGUUUAUGGGACAAUGGUAGGCUGGACUCGUUGGGCACGGAUCUGCCACCGCACAUGAGAUCGUCCUUCGACCGUUUCAAAAGCACAACGACACAAUCGAGCAACAGCCACAACAGCUCGUUGAGCCCGCAGAACCACGAAAAUAACACCUGGUUGGAUGGCCUGAACAGUCCAUUGAUCCAAGACGAGGGCGACAACAAAAUGCUGAAGCUCAGAUUCGACGUGUCGCAGUACACGCCCGAAGAGAUCGUCGUGAAAACCGUCGACAACAAGCUUCUCGUACACGCCAAACACGAGGAGAAGAGCGACACAAAAUCCGUCUACAGGGAAUACAACCGUGAAUUCCUGCUGCCCAAAGGCACGAAUCCCGAGACCAUCAAGUCGUCCCUCAGCAAAGACGGCGUGUUGACCGUCGAGGCGCCACUGCCAGCCCUCGGCCAGGGUGAAACACUCAUCCCGAUCGCGCAUAAGUAAAUCGCUGCGCGACCCUCCAGAGGAGGACUACUUGUGUAGCACGUCGAAUCGACGCCUCGAUUAGAUGUGCUAUAUUUGUACACAUACAAACACACACAGCAGCACAUGCAUGAAACAAACACGCAUACGCACACAUACACACGACACGCAACACACCCACACACACACGAACACGUAUACACACACAAAAAACACGAAAUACACUCACGCGAUGGAUAACACCAGCAAAGAUUUAUAAUAAUGAUAUAUUAUUAUAAAUAUAUGUAUGAGAAAAAGAAAAUAUAAAUAUAUAUUUAUUUUACAAACUAUAUGAUCGUGUCGAACGCGUGUUAGGUGUCCAUUCUUUUUUUAUAUAACUUAUUUCAUUAUUAUAUUCUACUUUUAAUUAAUGUUAUCGCUACCUGUGACUGGUAAAAAUGAUAUUUAUCGUGUAAUAUUUGUUAUACUUUGAUUUCUCAUCGCGCAAACUUUUAUGUGCAUCCCUUCGUCUCGGUGCGAUUGAUCCUCAGAGCUAUAUAAAUAUUCGUCGAUUGUAAAUCCAGAAAGCAAUGUGAAUUUGAAAUAAUGUUUAAUUUGUUUAAUGGUAAAAAUGACGUCUAUUUCCAAUACACGACAGCUGAAUUUGUGAACUAUGUACUUUGCUCUGUGCCUUGUAACUUUGAUAUUGCUGUAAUAACUUUUAGCGUAAAUAAAUCAUCGAAUUGCUACUUAAUGUACUGCUGCAUUACGUAUUUUGAACGUAUCAAACGCUUUGAUCUGCCUACAUAUUUCACGUAAGCUAGACGUUAGGUGUAGCAGCUCACCAGAUUAAUAUAUAGUUUAUGUAUGAAUAUAAUUGUAAAAUUUAUGGAUAAAUACAAAAAUAUAAAUAUUGUUCUACGUAAUGUUCGAUGAUAAUGAGAGUUGUUAGAUGAUUUGGCUUUUAUAAUCGAGACCGAGGGAAAAUUCAUUUAAAAUGUGUACAUGUCUUUUUGUUUGCAAUUACGACGCCGUGUUCUACCGAAAGUAUAAAAUUAGUUGUGAUAUUGAUGAAAAAUUGAAAAUCAAAACUAUUCUAAUUGGAUGUACUUGACCUAAAGUACACAUAAUCAUUUAUACAAAAUUUCCGUAGCUUUUUUGAAGAAAUAAACGCUGUGUAAAAUUUCGCCAGCGAAAUGCACCAGUGUAUUAUUUUUAAUGUACGUUAGAAAAUAGGAUCUAAAGUGUUAUGUAAACAUUACAUAAUUUUAUUCAUGAAUAUUUUAAUAUUUUGGAGAACACAUACAAUUUUGAAGUCAAUAAAUUAUUGGUAACAAAUCGAAA